GAGUGGAGGCAUGCAGACCAGCAGACGUUAGGUCUUCCCGUCUGCUGUCGCUGGUCGUCUUCUGAUGACGUCUUUCAUUCAACAGGUCACGUCUGGAAGAGUGCAAUCAAUGUCCAACUGACGUCUGGAACACGGUGAAAAUGACGUCCGAUCACGUGACGACAAAGCGCGAGUGUUGACGAGCUUUUUAAAAAAAAUAUUCCGCAUGUUCAAACAACAGAUAGCCAGGUAUGGGAACUAGACAGGUUUAACUCGGACGUAAAACACAGGUAACUGGCUGCGGUUACUUACCUGUAGUAUGUGUACGCUUAAACUGUGUGAUUAACUAAUUGCUCUCGUUGAGGAUUAUCACGCACGCGCAAGAUACCUCCAAGUGUUUGACAGAGCUGACAGCAAGUGAUGGCGUACCCCUGGGACCUCCGUUCUUGACAGUCCUGUAAUCAUGCUGCCGUCCGACCGGGUCGAGACCAUUGAUAAUCACCCCGCCCAUUCGUCCUCGACACACGGUACUAACAACUGCCACAAUGCCGGUGGGAACGGCAGUACCGGCACCGGUUCAAUCCGGCAUCCGGACGCGGGGGAAAGUAAUGACCCGAAAGGUCCGGCGACAAAACAAGAAUGUACGAAGCUGGUGUACAGCCUCAGCCGUGAAAUCGCCGUCUACUGCUGUAUGAGUAUGGGAAUCGGCGGAGUCUGUGACUCCUUUGCUCUGAGAGACGAGCUGCGGACGCUGGGCUGCAAGGUCUUUGACCUGGUGCAGCUGUGUAAACGGAGGUUGAUGCCGCUGCUGUUGAGCAAACGCUCUAAAGAGGAGGAGAGAGAGGACCUGGAGAGGUUGUACCGGAUCUUUGUUGGGUGUCUGGAGAUGUUGCAGGCUGAGUUCAUCCGCUCCAUCACACUACAGUCGCUGUUUCCUUUAUGGGACAGUUCCACUGCCCUCAUCCAGACUGGCAUCAGCGAGUGCUUGGCUCACAAAAAAUGCACGGCCGGGACAGAACUGACAGACAACUCUAGCCUAGAGAGGAAGCUCGCGGACCGGGAAGAGUUCUCUUAUUUAGAACGGAAAGUGGCCACCCUACAGGAGAUGUGCUACGCCACAAGUCAAAUGAUGGACGUGAACCCAUGGGACUAUAAGCCGGACAUGGAUCAUACGAAGAUUGAUAUUGACACGCCAGAUGUUGAACAAGACGCUCCUUCUCUAGCUGUCGCUCAUGUAAACACAGGAAGUCCACGACAUAGAAAAUGUAUAUGGAUAACGGUGAUCGUACUAGGCGUUGUAGUUGUCAUUGCGGGCAUCAUUGGUCUCAGCAUAGCACUGGCCCCGAAAGAUUCUUCACAAAGCUAAAGCAUCGAGUCAAUGUGGUCACAUGUUUUUUUUAAAGACCAUCAACAUGCACGUGUAAAGUAAAAUCAAAUGUGUGAGUGUGUAUGGAUUAUCAGAGAGCGUGAGGUUUGUUUAAUACAACCAUAUCUGAAUGUAUUUAGACAGAUCGUUACUAUGGAAACGACGUCAACAAAAAUAAAUGGAUCACUGGUGUUAUGGCAUAAUUUGAAAAAUAAACGCUUUAUUUUAUUCUAUUAAAAUGAACAUUAAAUUAUUAGGAUGUUAACUUAAUUUUCUGACAAUGUUUAGUUUGUUUAAGCGAUUAUUCACAUGUUGUGAUGUAAUAACACACGCGACGGAUGCAAUGAAUUCAUUUCAAUCUGCAAUAUUUUUUUAAUGUUUAUGUUUUUAUGUGUUCACACGCCGUGUAUACUCCUGUAUGUACACACUACUGCAUGUAUUCUGUAAACAAGGAACUCACAAUGGAAACUCUGGACUCAACAAUUCUUGGGUAUUUUGCUUCACUCUGGAACCCGGCUCUGCCAUUUUUUUUUUACCCCUAUAUUCAAUUAUGCAAAUGAUUUGAAAAUCGGGUAAUUUAAAUGUAUGAAUAAUUAAUUAAAAUGUGUAUUUAAAAAAAUGCAUAUUAGUUAUGGUAAGAGACUGCGAGAGAUUAUGAUUAUGAUGUAAAAGCCUACAUAUAUAUUGAUAAAACAGCAUGGAUCGAAAAUGGUCUGUUUUCGGUCGGAGCGAUAGAUCAAGGUCGAUCUAUAAAAAUUUAGAUUUGGUCAUUAUGGAUCAAACAAGUUGAAUAGCCACGACACAAGAGAAUUAUAGAUGCAGAUACUAAGCCCUGGCCGUGACAUGUACUUGCAACAGAUUAUUGAUGGUUGUUGCCAGAUACUGCUGGUUGGUGAUACGUGGCAAACGUCAUAAUGCAUGGUCUCUGACAUAAGUCGUCAUUGUUUGUAGUAUCGGAGAUUGGCUAUCAAUGUUUUAAUAUGGAGAUUGAUUUUCUGAUGUUUUAAUUAGGACACACGUCAUUAAUGCUUGGCUGUUGAUACAGGUCAUUAAUGCUUGGCUGUGGACACACGUCAUUAAUGCUUGGCUAUGGAUACAGGUCAUUAAUGCUUGGCUGUGGACACAGGUCAUUAAAGCUUGGCUAUGGAUACAGGUCAUUAAUGCUUGGCUGUGGACACAGGUCAUUAAUGCUUGGCUGUGGACACACGUCAUUAAUGCUUGGCUAUGGAUACAGGUCAUUAAUGCUUGGCUGUGGACACAGGUCAUUAAAGCUUGGCUAUGGAUACAGGUCAUUAAUGCUUGGCUGUGGACACAGGUCAUUAAAGCUUGGCUGUGGACACAGGUCAUUAAUGCUUGGCUGUGGACACAGGUCAUUAAAGCUUGGCUGUGGACACAUGUCAUUAAUGCUUGGCUGUGGACACAGGUCAUUAAUGCUUGGCUGUGGACACAGGUCAUUAAAGCUUGGCUCUAGACAUAGGUCAUUAAUGUUUUAAGCUCGACAGUGGUUAUAAAUGUAUUUCAUGUAUGCUCCUAUACAUCUUUUUAAUUUGCUUCUACUGUAUAUAUCUGAUGCAUUUAUUUAUAGACUGAGAGAUGCUUUGUCAAUUUCUUCCAGUUUUAAAUACAUUCACUUCAGUGUA